AUGUUCGUUCUCCUCUUCAAUGGUUUCACGGCCAACAAAGUGGCAGAUUCACUUAUUCAAAAAACUUGCAAGGAAUCUUCAGAAUAUCCAAGUGCGAUAAACAAUCCACAAUACUAUAACCUUUGUAUAGCAUCUCUCAAAGAGAAUCGGGAGAGCCAGAAAGUGAGAAAUAUGGAUGACUUGACCGUGGUAGGAGCGAAUAACGCAAUAUCGAACCUAACAAACGUGAAAAACAUUGUGGAGAAGAUUGUAAAAGAGAGGAGAUACAAGAGUGGGCUUACUAAGAAGCUAUUGGAAGAUUGUCUUAAGCUUUACAACGAGGGGUAUCAAUCGUUAACCUCAGCUUUAAAGUAUAUCAAACUGAAAGAUUUCGAUAAGGCUUCAACUGGUUUUGAUAAUGCAAAAAAUGGACCGAUACUUUGCGAAUUGGAAUUCAACGGCGACAAUCAACAGAUAUCUCCGGUGAAGAAAGAGAACGAUCUUCUCUUCAACAUGAUCACCAUUCCUUACCUGAUUAAUAGCAUUGCCCAUACUUCUUAG